UCAUCAAUGUUUGUCCCCAGAUUAAAAUGGCUGCAGCUCUAGAGAAGAUUAGUGACCAUCUUGAAUGUAACAUAUGCCAAGACAGAUAUGAACAGCCCAAGAUACUGGAUUGCCUCCACAGUUUCUGCGAAAAAUGUCUGGAGAAAUACUACACUAGCAGGUAUGGAGGUGAACCAAAGAUUCCGUGCCCAGUAUGUCGACGAGAGACAGUACUUCCAGAGACACUCAUUCAAGGCCUGAAAACAAAUUUCCAUUUGAUGGGAAUAGUGGAGGAGGUCUCUUUACAGGAAAAGGUGUCUUGUUCAGAAAACGCCAAGGCCAUCUGUGAGAUAUGUGAUGAGAAAAAUGAGGCUUUGCAUCGUUGUCUGGAAUGUGCACAGAAUGUCUGCCCAAACUGUCACAAGACACACUUGCGAUUUUCUGCUAAUUCAAACCACACAGUGGCUACUUUGGAGGACAUUCGUCAGGGGAAGGUAACAGUGAAAAAAACAUCAGAAGAUGCGCCUAAAUGCCAGAAACACAAGGGGGAAGUGAGGCGGUUUUACUGUAAGACAUGUGAGGAGUUAAUCUGCAGGGAUUGUACUGUUGUGGACCACUGUAAACCUGACCAUUGCUACAUUGACUCUGGAGAGGCUUCUUUCAAAUACAAAGAGACACUGAAGGAUGUGUUUACCAAUUUUGAAAAAGGAAUCGACGGACUCCAACUACGUUUGUUUGCUUCAUCUCGAGCUAAGCAGAAGCUGGCACAGAACAUCACAACUACCUUGGAAACAGUACAGAACAGAGCAGCUAAGAUGAUGGAUCAUGUAAAAUCUCAAGAAAAAAAAAUCAGUGAUGAACUCAAACAACUUCAAGAGGAUCGCAACCGUGUAUACGAUGAACAUGACAAAACAGUGAACAUGAUGCUAAAAGCAAGGCAACAUUCACUGCUGACAUCAAAAGAAGUCACCAACACAGCAUCAGACGGUGAUUUUCUUUCCCUCCAUCCUAUCAUCUGCAAAGAAUUGAAAUCACUGAAGGGUCAAAAUCCUCCCCAGAUUGAUCCCAAGCUUUCAUAUCUGAGUUUCACCAAAGGUCAGAAGAUUGGUAACAUCAAUCUGGGCACGCUGGAGGUUCAAGCAUGCAAGUGGGAGAUGUGCCACGAGUUUAGAAAUCAAGUAAGAGGUGCAGGAGAUUUCACUGAUAUAACUGCUACUCAGUCUGGCAAAAUGGCUGUGACAGACUUUUCUAACAAUCACGUUGUUAUCUGCAGCACUGAGGGAAAACACCGGGAAAAUAUUGGGCUUAAUGCACGUCCACUUGCGGCUGCAUUUGUUCCCAAUCAAAAUCUCUUGGUAGUCGUAGAACACAACAAGUGUGUCACGCUUUAUAACACAGACGAGUGGGCAGGAUUCCCGGUUCUUACAGAGCCAAAGGGUGAGGACGACAAGACGCAAGUCGACCCACAGAGUGUGGCAGUCAGGGAAGAUGGUACCAUCUUAGUGGGUGACGUCAAGCGAAUGGUGUGGACUGAGCACAGACCCAUUGAUGGUGAGAUACUACACACCAUACCAGUUAAAACCCCACCUACCUACCUGGCUGUUCAUGACGACGCAGACAGAGUUAUGGUCAGUGGAGGUAUCACAAGGAAAGUGGAUAUUACUGAUAGGAAAGGUAAUACACUGUCCACAAUCAAACCAACCAUCCAUGGUAAGCCAGUGAGUAGCUGCCGUGGUGUAUGCUGUGACAGGUCAGGUAUCUACCUUGCAAUGAGAAAUGAGAUUGGCACUGGUCAUAUUCAUCACUAUGACCUAGAUGGCAGGUUUCUUGAUUGCCUGGUUCAUCAGGGUCUGAAUGACCCACGUGGAAUGACAUUCACAUCCAAUGGAAAGCUGGCAGUGGUCGAAGGCAACUCAGUCAAGGUGUACCACAGGGUGUGAUGUCAUCCAGUGACUGCUGCAUAAAUCAUUUGUCGUUUAAGAUAUCAACUGAUAAAAAAAAUGCCCUCUAGAUAUUUAAGAAAUCAAGUUUUGUGAAGCUUUGGCUUUUUAAUGAAGACUUAAAGCACAAACAAAAUGGAUAACUGUGUAACUGUAUCGACAUGACCAGCCAAUAAAGGCUCAAUCAACAAAAGUUACCAUUAUUAAAAAUAUUUCCUCAGUUGUUUCAUCGAGAAGUCAAACGGCUCAAUGGCUGUAAGAUCAUGUGUAGGCUUCAAGGCUGAUCACCCAAAUUAUACACGUACAAUACCUGAAAAAAAUCCAAGUCAUCUGAUUGGUGGGUCGUUGAU